AUGUGUCAGGUUGCUUACAGCGACGCCGACAGAAUCCAAAGGUGCAAACAGCAGAAGUGCUCCUGCGCGGUGCAGGCGGACGACUGGGUUGAAAUCUGGAGCUCACAGCAGUGCCCAAUCGGCGUCCUUACUGCGGGCCCAAAGUUCUGCCGGGGAAGGAUGAAGGCUCUGCACUGCAAGCCCAGAGAACACAUCCAAGAGAAGACAAAAGCGUGGAGCCCUCCUCCAGAAAAGCAGCCGCUCAUUGCUGUCAACUUGCACAAUGCAGAGCUGUGCAGUGAGAUGGAUCCAGAGGAAGCCAAGGCACCUGCUAGGCAAAACAUUCAACUGAGAUGGAUAAGACCUUACAGAGCCGGUGCUGGUCUCCGGAAUGUGGGAAACACAUGCUACAUGAACGCCAUGCUUCAGUGUCUGACGUACACACCACCUCUUGCCAACUAUAUGUUGUCCCUGCAGCACAAACCAACCUGUCUUGGCAUGAGAUUUUGCAUGCUGUGCUCUAUGCGCAAUCACAUUAAUUGGGCUCUCCAUCACCCUGGCUGGGUUUUCCAGCCUUCAGAUACAUUUAUUGUUGGUUUCCAUAGACAGAAACAGGAAGAUGCUCAUGAAUUUCUCAUGUUCAUUGUGAAUGCCAUGCACAAGUCCUCUCCACAUGAGUCCAAACAGUGUGAUCUUGACUCUGAGGGCAGAGACCUAAUGCAUCAAAUAUUUCAGGGACACUGGAGAUCUCAAAUCAAGUGUCUCCACUGUGGAGGGAUUUCUGAAACGUUUGAUCCUUAUCUGGACAUUACUCUGGAUAUCAAAACAGCUCAGAGUGUGCAACAAGCUUUGACACAAUUGGUGGAGCCUGAAGAACUGGUUGGGGAAAAUGCCUAUAACUGUAGUAUUUGUCGAAAAAAUGUGCCUGCUACCAAGACACUGUCUUUCCAUAGAACCUCAAAAGUCCUCAUGUUUGUAUUAAAAAGGUUCUUAGACUUCACUGGAAAGAAGCUUUCUAAGCGUGUGCAGUAUCCUCAGUGGCUUGACAUGCAGCCGUACGUGUCUGUGCAGAGCCAGGGCGCUCUUGUAUACACCCUUUAUGCUGUGCUGGUCCACGCUGGGCUGUCCUGUCACAGCGGACACUACUUUUGUUACAUCAAAGCUGGAGAUGGACAGUGGUACCAGAUGGAUGACAACAAGGUAACCUCCUGUGACAUCGCCUCUGUCUUGCGACAGGAGGCUUAUGUUCUUUUUUAUGUCCAAGAAGAGUAA